AUGGCGGAACGUUAUAUCCCCGAGCACCGCCGGACACAGUUCAAGGCUAGGAAUCAGUUCCGCCCCGAUGAGCUCCGCCGCCGUCGUGAGGAACAGCAGGUGGAGAUUCGCAAGCAGAAGCGUGAGGAGAACAUGGCCAAGCGACGUGGUGUUCAGACUAGCGAUGGCGGUAUCGGUGUUGGUGGUGGCAUGGCUGCCGCCACCGAGAGUGACGAUGAAGCCAGUGCUAUUGAGAGCGAGCUCAAUGUCGAGCUUCCCCAGAUGGUGAAGGGCGUUUUCUCAGAGCAGGUUGAGGAGCAGAUCCAGGCCACUACUAAGUUCCGCAAAUUGCUGUCCAAGGAGCGUAACCCUCCUAUCGAGCGUGUUAUUGAGACCGGCGUUGUCAGCCGCUUCGUUGAAUUCCUGCGCUCUCCUCACACCCUUGUUCAGUUUGAGUCUGCCUGGGCCCUGACCAACAUUGCUUCCGGUUCUGCCCAGCAGACUCAGGUUGUCAUUGAGGCCGGUGCUGUGCCUAUCUUUGUUGAGCUUCUAAGCAGCCCUGAGCCCGAUGUCCGGGAGCAGGCCGUCUGGGCUCUUGGUAACAUUGCUGGUGACAGCCCUCACUGCCGUGAUUUCGUUCUGGGUGCCGGUGCUCUCCGCCCCCUGCUCAACUUGAUCAACGAUGGUCGCAAGCUGAGCAUGCUCCGCAACGCUACUUGGACCCUCAGCAACUUCUGCCGUGGAAAGACUCCUCAGCCCGAUUGGAACACUAUUGCCCCUGCUCUGCCCGUCCUCUCCAAGCUCAUCUACAUGCUGGAUGAUGAGGUUUUGAUUGAUGCUUGCUGGGCCAUCUCCUACCUGUCCGAUGGUGCCAAUGAUAAGAUCCAGGCUGUUAUUGAGGCUGGUAUCCCUCGCCGCCUUGUGGAGCUCCUCAUGCACGCUUCUACCUCUGUUCAGACCCCCGCCCUUCGCUCCGUCGGCAACAUUGUCACUGGUGACGACGUUCAGACCCAGGUUAUCAUCAACUGUGGCUCUCUUCCCGCCCUUCUGUCCCUUCUUAGCUCCACUAAGGACGGUAUCCGCAAGGAGGCUUGCUGGACCAUCUCCAACAUCACCGCUGGCAACUCUAGCCAGAUUCAGUCUGUUAUCGAUGCCGGUAUCAUUGCUCCCUUGAUCAACCUGCUUGCCAACGGUGACUUCAAGACCCGCAAGGAGGCUUGCUGGGCUAUCUCCAACGCCACCUCUGGUGGUCUGCAGAAGCCUGAGCAGAUCCGCUACCUUGUCACCCAGGGCUCCAUCAAGCCCCUCUGUGACCUUCUGGCUUGCCCCGAUAACAAGAUCAUUCAGGUUGCUCUGGAUGGUUUGGAGAACAUCCUGAAGGUUGGCGACAUGGACAAGGAGGCUGCUCAGGGUGAGGCUCGUAUUAACCGCUACGCUCUCUUCAUCGAGGAGGCCGGUGGUAUGGAGAAGAUCCACGACUGCCAGAACAAUGCCAACGAGGAGAUCUACAUGAAGGCCUACAACAUCAUUGAGAAGUACUUCAGUGAUGAGGAUGAGGCUGGUGGUGACAUUGACGAGUUGGCUCCUCAACAGACCCAGACCGGUUUCGCUCUCGGCACUGGCCAGCAGCCCACUGGCGGCUUCAACUUCGCCAACGGUGGUGACUCCAUGGACAUGUAA